AAGAAAUAAUUACCGAGCAAUGGAAAAAAAAUCUUUCAGAGGAAGAAGAAGAAUUCGCGCCCGUAGUUGAAUUUUCAGAGGUAGAAAAAGAAACGAAAUGGAAACCGAUUGUCGUGGAGGAAGAUGAGGCACCGCAGAUCGUACAAACGAGCAUAUCCGAGGAGACUUCUGAAAAAACACGAAAAAAACGACGUCGAUCACCAUCCCCGAACGCAAAGAUGUCGUCUGGACUGGGUGUCGGUUUGCAGACUGCCGACAAAGUAAAGAAAGAUUUGGAUAGAAUUAAAAGGGAUGCACGCGAAGAAUUGAAAAAUAUGGACCCAACAUUAUCAGGCCGCGAUGCGCCUACCGUGUAUCGUGAUAAAUAUGGGAAGAAAAUUGAUGAAGAGCAAUUACGAAAUCGACCGUUGGCCAUAUACAAGGACGACGAAGAGUUGAAUAAAGAACAAAAAGAUAAAGAACGAUGGAACGACCCUGCGUCAACAAGAAGAAAAAAGAAUCAGAUCGACCAAGGUACCAAGGUGUACCUCCACCCCCCAAACCGAUUUAAUAUUCCACCAGGUUAUAGAUGGGAUGGUGUUGAUCGAUCAAAUGGCUUUGAGAAACAAUUCUUUGAAAGAAUGAAUUCUAGAGCCACAAUGGCUAGCGAAGCAUACAGUUGGUCUGUGGAAGAUAUGUAG